AUUGUUAGUUUGAAACAGCUGUUGAUUUUGUGGCCUUGAUUGUUUCUAUCACUUGAUCUUGGCCUGGUUUCUUUGAUGAAGAUCUCAACUGCAACUGCAUGUUCCUUGAGGACCGAUUUCAUUUCAGGCCCUGGAGAACCUCUGAUUUUUCCAGACUUCUCCAUGAUGCUUCGGGACAUUGGGAAAUUUUUGGCUCCUCAAACUUUGGCGCAACGGCUAGUCGCGUGGGACUUAACCUUUUCCAACCUUAUUUCGGCUUCAUAGGCCUUUCAUUUUUGGCUUCUUUCUUCCAACUUCAAUUUCAGAUCAUUUGGGUGCCUUGGAUUUUCAAACCAUUGCUAAGACGGAGUUUUCCAAUUUCAAAACAUCAGCCACCGUGGCUUGUCGAGGUUGACUUGAUACCCCCGACGAGAACAGAGUUAGACCAAAAGGGAUUUCAAAGCAAAAAAAAUGGAAUGGGGAAUGAGUUUAAAACAAGAAGUGUCCCUUUUGAGGAAAGCAAAGAAGGACUUAUCUGGAGCAACAGACUGUUCAUCACAUCAGAAGUUUCUUCAUCCCGAAAAAUAAUUCUUUCAGCUUCAAUCAAAUCUUCAAUUGCGCUUUUGAGGGUCUAG